AUGAGGCGGGAUGCUUGUAAAGCCUCGCCCAUAAAGCCAGACCCCGCUCGAGACACCUUGUUCCCUCAAGUCCCUCAUUACGACCAAUAUCCUGACAGAUGUCGUGAUUAUCCUUCUCCGAUCUACACUGUGUGGCAGUUGAAGAUGCGAAGAACUGAGAAGGUUGCCGUCACAGCGUGCUUCCUCAUUGGACUGGCUGUCAUCAUCGCCGCUAUCUUCCGUAUGAUCUACGUCUCGACUGUCGACAUUCGAGGCGACUUGACUGGCACGAUGCCUAUCACAGUCUUCCUCUCCGCAUUCGAACCCAACCUGUCCGUCUUGUGCGCCAGCAUCCCCAUGCUACGGCCUUGCUAUACCAGAUACGGGAGGCAGCAGGCUGCUUACAAGCUUUCAGAGGAGCAGUCAAGUGCUUUCGAAAGCGGCUUGAAAGACUCCGACCACUCGAGAAAUCUGAAGCACUCGAAAAACUCGAGGGCAAACUUUCGCAAAGAUGGGUUGGAGCUGGGCACCCUCUACUCCCCAGAACAUGACUUCAAGUACAACGCUACCGUCGACGCUGGAAACCACACGGAUGAGGCUCGCAGCAUUGACGAUUCUGUCUCCGAGAAAACCUGGCACAUGCGCAUCGGCCAUCGGACUCAAGGAUCACGGUCGAGAAGAAAUGGACUAUCACGCAACUGA